GUGUCGAAGCAUAGCACCCCUGAAGACUGCUGGGUGGUGCUCUACGGACGGGUCUACGACCUGACGAAGUUCGCUCUGGGUCACGUAGGCGGAAGCAAGCUGAUCACAGACCUGGCCGGCAAGGACGGUACAAGCGUAUUCGAGGCUUCGCACGGCGAAAACGUGCUGAACAGCAUCCGAAACGAGUGCUGCCUCGGAGAGGUAGAUGAGAGUACCGUCCUCGAGGAGCAUCGGGUGACGGCAUCGCUCCGCGCGCGCGCAUAG